AUGGAUGUUCAGGCUAUCGUUGCUUCUACUGUGGACAUUCGUUUGGAGGAUGAGGAGCAGGGGGUUCGGUUUGAAGAGGAGGUUUUCGGCGGUACGGUGCAGAUUGCGGAACGCCGUACGUGGUCUUUAGUUGGCCGUUUUCUCACGGACAGGAAUUUGAAGGUGGAUGUAAUGAAGCGUGUGAUGGCUUCAGCUUGGCGUCCGCUAAUGGGGAUUGAGAUUGCAGACGUGCUCCCUAACCUGUAUCUCUUUACUUUCUUCGACGAGGCGGACAUGCGAAGGGUGGUUGAUGAGGGCCCCUGGGCGUUCGAAAAUGCUACGUUCCUAUGUCACGAACUGAAGGCUGGUGAAGACCCGACGCAGGUGGUGCUAAAUACCGUAGAAUUCUGGCUGCAGGUUUACGAUAUUCCACCGGGCUUCCGUACGGUGAAAGUCCUUGAACGAAUUGGUGACUUCGCCGGAGUAUUCUUAAGGUAUGAUGAGCGUAAUUUUCAGAGGCAUUGUACUGCGUUUUACCGGGUACGUAUUACUCAUGAUGUCUCUACUCCGUUAAAACGACGUAUGAAGAUGAUCUUAAGGGAUGGGACAUGGACUUGGAUUAAUUUCCGUUACGAGCGGUUGCACAUGUUUUGCUUUUUUUGUGGUAUUAUGGGGCAUACGGACAAGUUCUGCUUAGCGGCUCGUCGUUCUUUGUUAACACCGGAGCAGUUUCCCUUUGGACCAAGUCUGAGAGCGGGGGGUAACAGUCCGGCAAAGGUGUUGGGCGAGAAGUGGUUUAAGCUGGGGCAAGAGAGGAUGAGGGAGAUAGGGUUUGGAGAUGGUGGUUUCGGGCAGUGUGGUACGGCAGUGGUCGCGGCUAGGGGUAGGGCGGCGAGGAUGGGUGUAGGCGGGCAGAAUGAUACGGGUGAGGGUGGUGGUGGGCAGCCGGGGCCCGCCAAUCUCAAUGAGUACCCUAUUUUGGAACUGCCGUGGCUUGGGCAAUCCACGGACAGUUCACGAGGUGGUGGGCCUUGUGUCGAGGAAGAAGCCCGAGUUUGUGUUUUUGAUGGAGACGAUGGUAGGGGGGAUCAUGCGGAGAGGCUCCGUGUGAAAUUGGGGUUUGAGGGGUGCUUUAAGGUGGAUAGUGUGAGACGGAAGGGUGGUCUUUGUUUGCUUUGGCGUCGAAAUAACUGUGCUAGGCUGUUGAACUAUUCCCAGAAUCAUAUUGACUUGGAGGUGUCUUUGCCGAAUGGGCGCCCCUGGAGGCUUACGUGUUUUUAUGGCUACCCGAAUAGGGAUAGAAGGAGAGCUUCUUGGGAUUUCUUAAGGUCACUCAAAGGUGCUUCUGAUCUUCCUUGGGUGGUUUUAGGGGAUUUCAAUGACAUUCUUAUGCAGUCUGAGAAGAGGGGUAGGUUGCCGCAUCCUAAUGGUUUGUUGGAGGGGUUUGGGGAUGCACUGGAUGAUUGUGGGCUAAUGACUUUACCUAUGGUGGGUUAUCCUUUUACUUGGGAACGCUUUAAGGGGACAGUGGAUUGGGUGGAGGAGAGGUCGGAUAGGGUGGUGACAUGUGCUGACUGGCGUGAGCUCUUUGAUCGGGCGAGGGUGUUUAAUUUACAGACAGACUUGUCGGAUCAUUCGGCUCUUUUUUUGGAUAUCUAUGGGGUAGCGCCAUCUAUCCGGCCGCGUGGUUUUAAAUUUGAAAAUGCUUGGCUUUUGGAUGAUGGCUGCAGGGCGGUGGUGGAGGAUGAGUGGUCUGUUUCGGCUGGGAUGGGCUUACAGGCUAGGCUUGAGUCGUGUGGCCGGGGGUUACGGAGAUGGGGGGGAGAGCGCCACCAUAGGUUUGGGAAGCGGAUCGAGGAGAUAAGGAGGGAGAUGGGCACUCUACGGGGCAAGUUUGAUUCAGGCUCCUUGGCACGUUUUAGGCUCCUGGAUGGCACUCUAAGCUCUGUUCUGGCUCAGGAAGAGGCUUUCUGGAAACAACGGGCUAAGCAGCACUGGUUACAGGGGGCUGAUUUGGACACUAAGUUUUUUCAUAAGUAUGCCUCACACAGAAGGAGGAAGAACGGUAUUGUGAAGCUGAAAGAUGAGGGGGGUGCCUGGCAUGAGGGUCAGGCGUUGAGUACUUUGAUAGCUGAUUAUUAUAAGAAUGUUUUCACUUCAGGAGGAAGUCCUGGUCCUUUUAAUGUGGACACAUUACAUGCCCGCGUUACACCGCAACAGAAUGAUGAUCUAUUACGCCCUUUUCAGCCGGACGAGGUGCGGGCUGCAUUGUUUGCUAUGGGGAAAGACAAAUCACCAGGACCGGAUGGAAUGAAUCCGGGUUUCUACCAAUCCUUCUGGAAUGUUGUUGGUAAGGAUUUCACUGACUUUGUUAUUGAUUGUCUGUCUCGUGCUUCUUUUCCCCUUGCUUUGAAUGAUGCCAAUAUUGUAUUGAUUCCAAAGAAGUGUAAUCCGGAGUCAGUGUCUGACCUUAGGCCUAUUGCGUUAUGUAAUAUUUUAUAUAAGAUUAUGGCCAAGAUGUUAGCUAACCGAAUGAAACCGCUUCUUGAGGGUUUAAUUUCUGACUCACAGAGUGCCUUUCUCCCAAGUAGGCUUAUUUCAGACAAUAUUCUUAUUGCUUCCGAGGUUGGUCAUUAUCUAAGAAGGAAGCAGUUGGGACAGGUCGGAUGGGCAACCCUUAAGCUGGACAUGGCUAAGGCGUAUGACAGGAUGGAGUGGCCUUUUGUUAGGCAGAUGCUACUCGGGUUGGGAUUUGAUGAGAGGUGGGUGCAGUUGGUUAUGUUAUGUGUUCAGACAGUACGGUAUAGGGUCCUGGUGAAUGGUUCCCCAACUGAUGAGAUUUUACCUACAAGGGGCCUAAGGCAGGGUGACCCCCUUUCUCUUUAUCUUUUUAUUAUAUGUGCGGAGGGUUAUCUUUGCUAUUACAGGAUUCUCAUGCUAAAGGCCUUAUUCAUGGCUGAAUCCUUGAAGGUGAAGAGAUGUCUUGGUCAUUAUGAGGCUUACUCUGGGCAGGCGGUUAAUUUCAAUAAGUCAAGUGUCUCUUUCAGCCGUAACACUAGUGGAGAUAAUAGGGACCUUGUUGCAGAAACUUUGGGAGUAAGCCAUGCUGAGGACUUUGGUAAGUAUCUGGGUCUGCCGUCGGUUAUUGGAAGAAAUAGGAAGGUGGUUUUUGCUUAUAUUGAACAAAAGCUGAAACAAAGGUUUGGUUCUUGGAACAAGCGUUUGUUAUCCAGGGCUGGUAAGGAGGUCUUGUUGAAGAGUGUAGCGCAGGCUAUGCCUACUUACACAAUGAGUAUCUUUUUGUUACCCCUAACUUUAUGUUAUUCUCUUGAAAGAUUAAUGAACAGAUACUGGUGGGGCCGAAAUGACAGGGAGGAUGGUAUCCAUUGGUAUGCCUGGGACAGAAUGUGUAAGCCUAAGAAGUAUGAUGGCAUGGGGUUUAAACGCUUGCAUCAGUUUAACUUGGCACUUCUAGGUAAGCAGGGGUGGCGAUUGCUUACAUGCCCAGACUCUCUUGUAGCCCGGGUCUUUAAGGCAAGGUAUUAUCCUACAACUUCUUUCUUUGAUGCUGUGAUAGGGGGCAACCCAAGUUAUGUUUGGCGAAGUAUAAUGGCUAGUCAGGAGUUGGUGAAAUCGGGGUGUAAGCGGCGUAUUGGAAAUGGCAAAUCCACGCACGUCUGGUCCCAUCCUUGGCUGCCGGGUACUCAGGGGACUCUUGUACUCGCAAGUCAGACUGGUUUAAUCCAGAAUAUGUUGGUCUCGGAUCUUAUUGAUGUUGAUUUAUGCUCAUGGAAUAUCCCUUAUGUUCAACAAUUGUUUGAUCCGCAUGUUGCGUCUCAGAUAGUGCAGUUGCCUGUUAAUUUGAUGCAUGAUGAUUUGUGGUACUGGGAAGGGGAUUUACGGGGCUGCUAUUCGGUUAAGGAUGGUUAUAAGCGGCUUGGGGAAGUCCAUGCACAGGGCUCGGUUGUUUGGAAUGGAAUUUGGAGGCUAAACAUACCUCCAAAAUGGAAAAAUCUAAUGUGGAGAGCUCUUUCUAAUAUAUUGCCCACGCUUGAUAAUUUAAUUAAGAGACGAGUGGAUUUAAUGAAUAUUUGCCCUGCUUGUGGUUUGUUAGAAGAGAGUAUUAUGCAUAUUUUCUGUACCUGUGAUUAUGCUUCUCGUGUUUGGAUUGCUUCACAGCUCCCGAAACCCCAGAUUAAUGGUUCUGAUUUUAUGCAAUGGGCAGAGUUAUGGCUGGAUGGUGCGGCUGGUUAUUCACGUGAAACACAGGGUAUGAUUUGCGGCCUCAUUCAUGAGUUGUGGAUGGCAAGGAACUCAGCUGUGUGGGAGGCGAAGUUACCUACCCCGCAGGUGCUGUGCCGGGUAUUUGCAGCGAGAUGGGCUGCGUGGAGUGACUGUGUGGCGGGAAAUGCAGCGCGGCAGCCAAGACAAUCGCAGACAGCUUCGUCCCAGGGAAUUACAUGCUGUGUGGAUGCUGGUUUUCACGGUCCUGAACAUGCGCCUGCUUUUGGCUUCAUUGUGAGGGAGAAUGGUGUUUUUGUAGCUACGGUGAAUGGCCCGAUGGUGUGUCCUUACAACCCCCUUAUGGCAGAAACAAUGGCGGUGUGCGAAGCCCUUUCAUGGCUAAAGGAUAACGGUUAUUCGAUGGUUAAAGUUUACAGCGAUUCCUCAGUUUUUGUUUCAUGUCUUAGUAGUAAUAGAUCGUUUCGUUCCUAUGUUGGUUUUAGUUUGCUUUCAUGUAUUCGUUUGCUUUCUUCUAUGCCUGGUUCUCAGAUUAGUUUUAUUUCUAGGGUCGCGAAUCAAGCGGCUCAUACUUUAGCUAAACAUGUGAGUGUUAGUUUGUCACGAUCCACUUGGAGGGAUGUUUCACCUCCAUUUAUUUUGCCUGAUAUGGCUAAUGAAAUAUAG